CUCGUUCCGGACUUCCGGUCCACCAGAAAAAGUCGUCCAAGGUCCAAGCCAUUCCCCACUCGCACUUGGGCACCUGCCGCCGCCGCCGCCGCUCCCAAACAUAGACCGGAAAGUCUUCUCGACGCCGUCGGGCCUGUAAACCAUGGCCGAGGACGCCGCCUCGUCUUCCUGCCGGAGGAUGGAGUCUAUCCGCCGCCAUCUCCUCCCUCGGUCACCUCUCGUCCUUAGCAUGAAUCCGUUAAGCGCGGCGGAGGCAGAACCGAGCCCGGUGAUCAUCGGCGGAAUGGUGUUGGACAUCCACGCGAAGCCAUCCGUGCCGCCACAUCCUGGUACCACCGUCCCUGGGAUGGUUAAGUAUAUCGCCGGGGGAGUAGCUAGAAAUAUUGCUGAGUGCAUGGCUAAGCUUGGGACUCAGCCGCUCAUGAUUAGUGUUGUUGGAAAUGAUAUGGCAGGGGAUUUCUUACUGAAGUACUGGAGGUCAGCUGGACUAUGUACAGAUGGAAUACUGCAGGUUCAUGAUGUUACAACCCCAGUAGUAUCAAAUGUAUUUGAUGGGAAUGGAGAAUUAAUUGCCGGCGUCGCGAGUGUUCAAGCAGUUGAAACUUUUCUUACCCCUAGUUGGAUAUAUCAGUUCCGUCGCCAUAUCUCUAAUGCACCUCUACUAAUGCUUGAUGCCAAUUUAUCUCCUCAGUCACUUCAAGCUGCUUGCAAAAUAGCAUAUGAAUCAGGGGUGCCCGUGUUGUUUGAGCCUGUCUCGGUGGUAAAGAGUUCAAGAAUUGCGCCAAUCGCAGAGCAUAUAACUUGCACUUCCCCAAAUGAGAUUGAGCUUGUUGCCAUGGCAAACGCGCUGUCUACUCCAGGGAAAUAUAAGUUUGUCAAACUUGAUCAGUGCAACAACAAUAUGGAAGCUGUAGAUUAUUUGUUUGAAAUGCUCAGCCCAGCGAUGUUUUUUCUUCUCGAAAAGGGCAUCAAGCUUCUUCUGGUGACACUUGGCUCGAAUGGUGUUUUCAUAUGUUGCAAAGAGCACGUUAACAUCGUGAAGGAUCAGCAAAAGUGUAACAUGACGACUUUCUCAUCCCAGCUACUUGAAAAAUUGGAGGGCUGUUUUGCACCCAGCAUGCCUGUUAAUUUGUCUGGAGAAGGCUCUUCCAGAACUUGUGUUUUCCAUUUACCUGCAACAUCUGCCUCGGUUAUCAGCCUCACAGGUGCUGGCGAUUGUUUGAUUGGUGGAGUCCUUUCAUCUCUAUGUGGAGGAUUGAAUAUUAUGCAAAGUGUGGCAGUUGGGAUUGCUACAGCAAAGGCAUCCGUUGAAUCGGAAGCUAACAUACCUGCCAAUUUUUCUGCUGCAAGCAUUGCAGAUGAGGCAAGGAGGACAUUGCUAUCUGCUAAACAGAUUUGGUGCCAAUAAGAACAGAAGAACACCGCAAGGAUUUGUUUCGCACUCAGCUUAUCUUUCUCAUGUUAGCGUUGUUUUUCUUGUUCUGAAUGGACACAUGGUUUGGAAUUACACUGUUGAACCACGAUGGUUUCUAUCGGAAAAAAAUGUUGUAACAAAUGCUUGUUCGUUCCUGGAGCUACAUCCUUCUGAUCGAUCCAUGUUUGUGUUUUCCUCA